CUAGUACCGUCUUGGAUGGGCGCAGGACCACGUAAGGACCAACAUGCCACACUACUCAGCCCAAACUCAUUCACUGAUGAAAGUACAAAGUUAUGCAAUAUAGUCAUCUUGGUGAGGCGUUUUGCUCAGCCAUGCGGGAUGCAUGUCAUAUGGAGACUCUGGAGAAAAAAAUCAGAGUUCAGAAAGUUGCAGGGAGUCACAGGUCUUUGGUCCAGGUUCAAUGGUAGGUAG